CCCUUCUCCUCCCCUUCCUCCCUUUGGCCUCGUAGCGCUCCAGUCCCAUGUCAAUCACCGAGUCAUCGCCCCUUGAUCCUUCGUCGUUCAUACGAUGGCACCUCCGGAUGUACUCUCGGGAGGCUGUCUCGAGGACUUAUGCUCAUAAUGUGGGAGGCCUCAUACGUGCCUCUACCUCCAAGUUCCUAGGUAGAGAUUUCUCCAACACCUUCUUCUACCUCGCUGUCGACAAGGCCGGAAAGGUCGUCCGUCAUGGCCCUCUUCCGCUUAACCCCGCUUCCUUGAAGGAAGUAUUUGGCAGCCCUUCAGAUCCCGCCCUGACCUUGAAGCUACGGCUCAUGUGGAUGCGACACAAUCCAGACAUGGAGUCUUCCGACAAUGGAGAAGCUGCAGCGGGUGUCAUCAAGUGGCUCGCAGAAGAACUCGGCGUCUCUCCCCUGUUCUUUGAUUCUGCUCUUUUCGGAGUCGACCCUCUCCCCAUGGGUCUCGUUCCUCAGGAGGACUCUGAGCCUUCUCCCUUGACCAACUCAAUCAACGGGGUCUACUCGUCCGGCAGUCCAGGGGAGAUCGCGACCAUUUGGUUCGCCCACAGGUUGGACAAGACCCUCUCGACGUACAUUGUCGACAAUGGCUCUUCGCGUAUGAUGUCCCAGAUUGUGCGCCCUAUCAUCACUGGGGCGUUCCAGCUGCCGUUCCUUGGGAUAGACUCCAUGAUCUUGAACGAUGACCACCUCUACAACGUUGUAUUCUCCAGAGAGCUGGACGAGGCUCACUCUUGGGCGCGCGAUCUUGGCGGUGAAGGCUCUUUCGGCGUCGAGCAGUACAACAAGCUGGUUGAUCACUACGACAAGCUUCACAACAUCGACCUCCUCUUCGCCGACAUGGAAGUUGUCGUUCGGAUGCUCAAGCACAUCGCCGACAGCCGCGUCAGCCUCACACUCCAGAACCCAGAGCGCUGGUCCGACCCCACCUCCCCCGUGAAAUGGACAAGGGUCCCGAUCGAGACUUCCCUUACCAUCACCAACCUUGAGAGUCAAUUGUCCACCCGACGAUCCGCUGUCGCCUCGAACCUAAGGACCCUCACUGGCAUGAUGAACACAAGGAUUGCCAUGACUUCCUCCCAGCUCGCUGCGGAUACUAGGAAGGAUAGCUCAUCGAUGACCACGAUUGCUCUUAUGACCAUGUUCUUCUUACCCGGCGCCUUCGUCGCAGCUUUCUUCAGUAUCGACCUCAUGGGCUACGAUGAAGAUGGGAAUUUAUACUUCUCUCGUCACACCUGGAUUUUCUUCGUCGUCACGGUACUCCUCACAGCCCUCGUGUUUGGAGUCUGGCAUUACCACCAUGGCGGCGGUUGGAGGCCCCUUCGCGCACGCGUCAAGAAAUUAGCGGUACGACAGGGCUCUCCUACCAGGCUCUCGCCCAUCCCUGAAGCGAUGUCCGUCAGUUCCGGGGUUUCACCUGACCCCUCGAGGCCCCAUGUCGCUGAUCCCGAGAAGGGCUUCGUUGCGAGAAAGAAGAAGGAUCACGUUGCCGUGGACAUUUCUGGGAUUUAA